GUACUGUCCGCCAUCAUCAUUUCUUGGGUGUUGUGUUGUUUCCAUUGGAAUAUACCGCUGUGGAUUAUCAUAGUGUUUUUAUCGCGACUGACAUUCCACUUGAUGUUGUGAUGUGAUUUCCCAAACGAAGAUGAUGGACGCUAUAUUACAAGGGCGAAGGUUUUGGGAAAAAAACGGCAACAUUGUUUUAGUGCCCCCACCUAAUGAUACGUCUUCCCUAGUAUCGCAGAAUAGUGAGCAAGGAUGUGCUGUUCAAGCCAUGGGUGAUAGUGAUAGCUCCAGUCAGAAUAUUUCAUGCUUUGAUUCAGACUGGAAUUCCAAUCAGUUCCUUACCACUCCUGAAAAGAAAAAAGAUCAGAAAUCCUCAGAUGAUUCAUUGCUUGAACACUACUCAAAUGUCAAAGAUAAUGCUAAUAAAGAUUAUUCAAGGAAAUCUCCUACGUCACCUGCUGGCUCACCGACAGCAGUGUUUGGAGCUUCUCUUCAUCAGAAAGAUUUAAGUUAUGAUGACUUAUCUAAAAAUAUUGAUGCAAAUCUUGCUGAGAUUGAUAUGGAAACAUUCCGCUCUGAAGAUAUUAAUUCCAUACUAGCACUUCCUGCAAUUUACAGUGGAGAUUUCCAGUCUGCUAGUCAUGGGGAACAGUGUGCCUCUGUUUCUGGGUCUUUAUUGAAUGGUUUAGAGUUGGAUACUUCAACAAGUAAUCGUCAUUCUGAAGAUGAAAUUUCAAUCUGUAAAGAUGAACCUCUUUUUUCUCCUCUUCGGGAACCACCUGUACCGGAAGCUACUAUAUCUGUUGAUAGUUUAGAUAAUAGUUCUAGUUAUGAUCAAGAUUUAGUAUUAACAUGUAAAGCAAAUAAAAAUAAUUAUACCAUAGUUUUUGAAGGCAGCAGUACCCAAUUUUCUGAUGAUUCUGAUUACCAGGAUGUUUGUCGAAGUAGUGAAGGUGAAGGUAGUUUAUCCGGUGCUGUUCAAAUAAACUAUAGUUCUAGUUUUAAAAAACAAAGCUCUAUGGUACAGUCAGAUGUAGCUUUCACUACUUGGAGUAAACUAUGGAGGAGUCAUAGAGUUUGUCGCAGAAAAAGUGAUUCUAAUACCAAAAUAUCAAUAAAAAGCCAGAGUUUACCUAAUCUUAGCCAUAACUCAGUUUUCAUUACUGAUAAGCAAUUAACACAGUGGGCAAAAUGGUGCGGUAAUCACCGUUUUCCUUUGUAUGAAGUUGUGCAGAACUACCAAGCUUCUGGAAUGCAUGUAGCUAAUAGCAAAGAAUGCUUGCAUUCUGUGUCUUUGUUGAAAUUAUUCAUGAAACACAAGGUGUCAAGUAACUCAUCUAUUGGUUCAAGUGGCCAGUCAGAUUCUUCAACUUCCUUAAUCCUCCAGCCUUUGAACUUCCGUAAUACCAGCCUCCAAAAUUCCUUAAACAUAUCUGAAAAUAAAAUCAAACCACUUCAAAGGAAUACUGAUGAUCCUUCACAGAAUCAAAAAGAGAAAAAUAGAGCAGCAGGUCAUAAUGAUAAUGAGACUCACCAAACUCAGAUGUUUGUAGAUAAUAUUCAGAUUCUAGACUGGAAUUCAGUUCAGAAUAUGACUGAGACUAAUAAUAAUAAUAUUAACUCCUUGUAUAAUACUGAAAAUAAUGUGCCUAAUAAUAAUAAUAUAGAAGAAAUCAGAUUGAAUUCUGGAAAUGAUGAUUGUGACAAUUCUCAGUACUUUGAAGAUAGUUUGAUGGAUGCGCCAUCACCUCCUCUGAAACAUUUCCAUGCUACUCCUAUUAAAGAAGAAGAAGAAACCGAUAUCUCAAGUGGAGAUGAAGUCAUGAGAGACAGCAAAAAUCCUUUUGGAAGUGAUGAUAGUACUUCUGGAGAUAUUACAGUUAUUCAAAAUAAUACUCUCGAUCAUAUUACGCAUACCAAUAGACAAGAAAGUAGCGGCAAUUUAGAGCGUAUAAAUAAUAUUUUCCCUUCCUGCAAAUCAAAUGUAGGGAUUUUAAACAAAGUGUAUACUCUGAAUAGGGAGGAGCAUCUGCCAUCAAAGAAACCUGGAGUUUCUACAGAAAAUAAUUCUCAGAGCACUCAGACUAAACAGUUUAACAUCAAUGAUUGUACUGGACCAGAAGGAUUUAAACCUUUGCAUGCCUUUAGCUGUAAAACUAGUAGCAACCAGACAGACUGUGAUACUGUUAAUACUGUGCAUUAUACAACAUCUAGAGAUUCAAGUCCUGCUUCUAGUGGAUAUGUAAGCAGCCGUCAUAGCUCAGUGGAAAGAUUAAGGCAUUCUUCUCAAGGUAAUAGUGUGAAUCAUAAUGCUGCUGUGACACCAGCUGUUGUCCAGAAGAGUAAUGUAGUUCUCACUACAACUUGUACUUGUGGUACUCAGAUACCAGUACAUGUAAAGGAUUCUUCUGUGCAGACAUCAAUUCUCUAUAACUCUAAUUCUAGUUCUGGAUUCACUCUCAAAGAAUCAUCAUCAUCAUUGCCUGAACCAAAUAAUUUCUCAGAGACUGCUGUUAAAUGCCCUUUGCAGAAUGUAGCCUCUCAAACUAAACAUCGUCAAAAAGAUAAAAAAUCCAUUUAUGUAUGUUAUCCAAAUUAUUCUUUACCAGAUUUAAGUUUCUUAAAAUCUAUUAUUGAUGAAAAUUCAGAAUCUGUUUUUCUCACACCUACUGAAUACAAGGUGCCUCAAGAAAUUUUAAAUCAAAAGAAACCUUCAAGACCUCGAUCAUAUGGAGCUUAUGAAACUUUAUUGCAGAAACAUUUAACAAAAAUAAAGGAUUGGGAAUCAUUAAAUGUGUUACUACCAGAUGACCUAAAAAUCCUCAUUUCUAAAACACAUACGAAAGGCUUGAAAAGCGAAAAUGCAUUUCCAAAAGAAGGAGCAUAUUCUAAAAAUCGCCAUCAAAGCUUAUCUUCUUCUUAUUGUAAUGCAGAUGAUGCAACUAAAUUGAAAUCUAACUUUGUCGAUGCUACUUAUAAACGACACAUGCCUAGAAGUAUUCUGCGAAAGUCUAGCUCUGUUGAUCAGUGUGAAGAAAGGCCAUGUAGAGUACAUUUACCUACUCGUUGCACUAGUGCAUCUUCAGUAAUGUGCACUAAAGAAGGUGGAAAAUCUCCUGAUGGAGAUUUAUCACAUUGCAAGCAAGGUCUUUGCAGUGGCUUAAAAAAUUCGCAUUGUAAUGAACCUAAGUUUUCUGAAUUUGUUGCAAUUCCUAAAACUGAUGCAGCUUUAAAAAAGUAUCAUCAUAACAUGAUAGCUAAUAUUUCCCCAGACUUCUUUCCUCAGGCAGACUCUAAACAGUGUCAUCCUUGCAAUAAUUAUAAGCCUUCAUCUCCUCUUCUCUUGCAGCAAAAUGAAGUUACUUCCAAUUCUAAGAAAAAAGGAUAUUCAUUUGAAAACUGCACUGAUGAAAAUCUUCAAGAGUUUUCAGGAAAUAACAUUCCAUUUCCAUUUAGUAAUGAAAAUAUACUGCCUUCUUUGGAUCAGAAAAGUGAUGUUCAGAAUAUAGAAUCACAUAUAAAUUGUUUACACAGUAAGAAAGCUGUUAAAUUUUGCGAGAAAAGCCCUACCAAAAGUUCAAAACACAUGGAUGCAUGCAAGAUGGGUCGAUGUUGCAGUUGUAACACUCAGAAUCGGUCAUCAGGUGAAUUUCAUGGUUCUCAGUGUUCAUGUGAUAUUUGUAACCUAGAAUCAGACAAGCCACCUCAAGAAUUUCUUGUUUCUCCUACUCAGAAUUCUUUAUUAUAUCCUGAUAUUUCAGACUCGUAUACCUUGCAGAAUUUUUCUGGUGGUGGCAAGUUUUUCCAAGAAGCACUUCGAAGAAAAACUGGACUGGUAGAAAAUCUGAGAAAAGCUACACAAAUAAUAUUUGAGCAUUACAAAACAUCAGAUAAGAAAGGGAUGGAUCGUGGUUCUUUCUCUAUGGGACAAAAAAUUCUUACUUGGCUUUGUCCUGCAGUUCAUACUAUUCUUUCUGAUGGUCUCCUGCCAUCAGUACAAGGCUUUUUUGGACCAUUACCAAAUUCUCCAUGGAAAGUUGCUGGGGCCUCAAUCAAGCAAGGAGAAACUAGGAAAGAUGUAGAGGAUCUACUUAAUCAUGUGAACUCAGAAAAGUUAUUGACUGACAGUACAUACCGGUUUAAUGCUUUCAUCAUUGGUUUACUGAAUCUUGGCUGUUUUGAAUGGUGGCUAGGUCACUUAUGUGCAUGCCAGAGUCUCAUCUGUCAUCAUUAUCACCCUACAGCCCUGCUCAGUCUUCUAGCACUUCCAGCUGCAGUUCAUUUACGUCAUGAGCUGAAAGAACUAGUUAGUCCAUUAUCAACUCUGCCAUUCAAUCUAGAUUUGAUAUUUGAAACUAAAGUUACUUCUGGAGAAAGCUGGAAAAAAUACAAUGAAAAUAAUUUCAAAACAUCUAAUGGUGAAUUCCAUCAUAAUUCUAAAGUUACAAAGGAUCAUGAAGAAAGAAGUCUUACGGAUCUUAAUUUGCAGUUUUCUCCUUAUAAACAAGCCAUGGGGAAUAAGAUAAAUGACUUUAGUCUGAAAACUAAGCAUCAUCAGGCACUUUCUCCAUGUAAUAAUGUAAUGAAUAUUAGGAGUGAUGUUGAAGAGUGCCAUGAAAACCAAGUUUGGCCUGGGAUAACUAUUAACCCUUUUCCAAAUGCCAAAUUUGCUGAAGAAUUUAAUGUUGCUAGUCAAAAUAAGAAAGAAAAAAACCACAGUGGUCGAAGUGGUAUGGCAAUGAAUUUUCUUAGAGAUACUUUACUUCCUCGUGAUACCGAUCAAAAUAGAAAAGGUGAUAUACCACAGUUCUCACUCUGUUCUAGCACAGACAGUGGGUGCAGUUCUCAGAUAGAUCAUGUAAAUCAUGCACCAUCACCUUCAAAUGCUACUGAUGAUUCCCCAAAUGUAGAUGUUAAAGAAGGGCAACAGUUCAAAAUGUUGCGGCAAAAAUGGGAAAAGAUAAGCCAUGGCAUCAAUAAACAAGUGCUAAAUAAAACGUCCUCUCCUAAAAUUUCAGCUGCUAAACCCACUAUCUCAAGUAAUUCAAAAACAAAGAAAAAAGCAGAGAUAUCUCCUCCUAGACAAGCUCAUGUUGCAAAAGAAGUAGCUAUUCCAAAAACACCUACCAAAUCUUUAUCUCAGACACCACCAAGUAAGAGAGCACAGAUGCGAACAAACACACAUCCUUCCAAUGAAAUGAAGUUAGUGACACCAGAUGUUGUAGCAUCAUCUCAAGUACCUAAUGAAAUAACGGAAAAAAGAAAAUCACAGAUCCCUACUUUGAAGUUCUCUAAGAGCCCUCAACUUAAGUCAAUGAUUCCUGUGCAAAAAGUGGGUACAAGAGCACGAUCAGCAAACAGAGAUCCACGUUUUCCAUCUGACUAGGAUCAUGCAAAUAAUAAUGUGAAGUGCUUAUGUGUGCAUUUACACCUGAUAUGAUUUAGAUGCACUCUACUUCAGUGUUCGGGUGUUCAUGUCAGUGGCAUAGCAUCAGCUACCAGUUUUAUAAGCUAUUGGAUUAUUGCCUUAUUCCCGACCACUGAACUUUUCUUGUUCUAGCUUUGAACAGAAACUUGUACUUUCAGCAGUAAAAGUUAUAAUUUAUUACUCGUGUGUUAAUAAAAGGAAAAGAAAAUUCAAGAAUUUUGUUCCAAAUCUGCAUUUGUAAAUGUGUUUAUAUGAAAGUUUUUAUUUUAUGUACAUUUUAUGAUUCAUUUGCAAGAUGUAUAGUUUUGUUGCAUUUAUGAACUAAAUAUAUUCAGUGCUAUUUGCUUUCAGCAAUUCAAAAAUAUUAUAUCAUUCCUCUGUAAAUUUUUUUGUGCAGGCAAAAGUAUUUGAUUUAUGCUUUCUAUGUGUACAGUUAAGUAAGCUUUAACUAUCAAAAUGUUGCACGUAAGAAAACCGUAACUAGUCUAUUCAUCAUUGUCAUUUGGAUAAUGUUGCAUUAGACUGUAGGUUUGUUCAUGUGCCCCUCUUCUUCCUACUAUAAAAUGAGCAUAGUAGUUUGCUGAAUGAACUUGCGCAUGUAUAGAGCACCCACCUAUCAAGUGUAGUCCCCUUGUUUCGAAUGCUUAAAAUCUAUUGUUGCUUCACAUGUGUAGUUUAAAAUGUAUUGCAGAAUAUAGUUGUGAUCUAAACCCUUUACUGGAUUGCUUUGUUUUCACCUGUUUAAGGACUUAUAUGAAGUUUAAGAUUUUAACAUGUGACAAAUUUGAUGUUUUCUGUAAAUAUGAGAAAAAUAUUUAUGUUUUUUAGUUUUAAAUGAUAGGAAGACUAAACCUGUCUUGUCAGAUACUUGCCUUUAUAAAUACAGUGGUUUAGAAAAUCUUAUUGUCUAGUAAUUAUAAAACAAUUACAUUGUAUGAAUAUCUCAAGCCACUGUUUCUUUUGUUGUGCAGAAAAAUGCAUCUUACUUAAUUUUGCAUAGGCAUUUGUUCAGUGCACAUGAUUUAUCAAAAAGCAGCUUUUUAAAUCAUACUGAUGAUUUCUGUAAAUAAUCAUACACUCUUGUCUGUCACUGUAAUAAUUGUUGUAUCCAAAAUUAUGUCAAUAUCCAUUCAGUAUUCAAGAACUGAAAUAUGUGAACGCAUUUUGAAUGUUUACUGCCCAUUCCAAUGUAAAUCUUAAGUUUCUAAAAAUGUGUCCUCCCUUUUUUUAAUACAGAGUCAAUUCUUGAAACAAAAGUACUUAAAGUUAUAAAAUAUAUAUCUUCAAGUAGAUUGUAGAACAGUCUGGAAACUGAAUAUAAUAUGCUGCUGCUACUUAAGGAAAUGGAGAAGAAAUCUUCCUCUUUUUUUUUUAAGGUAAUGAUCUUAUUGAACUAAUCUAAAAUCAUUCAUUAUGGAAGAUAAACAAACUUUCUUAGAGUUAUCUUAUAAUGCACUAUGUCCAAUUCGAGUUUAGAUGAAUGUUUCUUGUUCAUUAUGUAUCUUGUUACUAACUUUUAUGUUCUUGUUCUAAUUUUUAAGAUGACUUUGAGAUUAAAUUAAAAAUUAAGUAUAACUGGACCUUACUAGUAUUUAAUAUCAUUUAAAAGUAAAUUGUUAAGUUUUUUUUAAGUAUAUACUUCAUUUUUGAUAGUACAGGUUGUACUUCUUUAAUCCUCUGUGGUCUAGCAAAUCCAUAAACCAAGCAUAUUUUGAAUCUACCACCAGUAAGAUUGUUGAUUUGCAGCCGAAUUGAUCCUGCUUAAGAAACUGGGAUUCAAAAUUUGUAUAUCAAGUGUUGUAUUCAGUUGUAAUGUUGCUUUUUAGGUUAUUAACUAAAAACCUAAGAUGUGUAAAAGAUGGUGCAAAAAUGCAAAUAUAAGUCAUUAUACUAUAUGCAUUAAAAUGUGGAAUUAAUGACAAAAUUAUAUAAAGAACAUGUGUAAAAAUAUUGUGUGGAUACUAUGGGAAUAGAUCGUUUUCUGUGUGUAAUAUAAACAAAAGUAGAAGAUACAGCCUUUUGGACUGAAAAUGGAACUCGGAGAAUUUGAAAGUUCUGGAACCUUCUUUAGGAACAAUAAUGGAAAUAUUAUUUUAACUUUGAUAUGACAGUACAAAUAUAAGACAUGAGCUGGACAAGUUUUUUCCGUAGUGCACAGGAUAUUUUUGUAGGGUAUGUUUCUAUUCUGUCUGGUUUGAAAAUGGGCCUGUUCCAAGACUGCUAGAUUUUAGAAGUACAGUCUAUAAAAUAGGUUAUUUUCUGAUAAAUAUAAAUCGUUUGAAGAUAAUACUUUAUUUUUUCUUAGUUUUUUAAUCUCAUGAAAUUACUCUGUAUGCCUUUUAUGUGUAAAAUUUGUGAUAUUAGUGGAUUAUUGCUUAGUGUAUCAUUAGCAGUGUAAGUCAGGUAUCUAUUUACAAAAAAAUAAAAAAUAGAUGCCUUCUUAAAAUUGUAUCAGUGAGAAAAAUCCCUGUCAAAGCUAGUAUAAAAUAUAUACAUGCAUGAUGUAUGUAAAAAUGCUCUUAUACUUUUAUUUUUUUUACAGCUGUGAAAUAUUGUGUGGAUACUAUGAAUGCUAUGAUUGUUGGAUGGAAAAUUUUACAGCUGUGCCAUAAUAUUAAUAUUAUUAAAAAAUUAAAUAAGAAAGGUGUAUUUAAAAAUCUAGUUUUACAUUGUAAUAACUCCUGCAUCUUGAUUUAUGCUUUGGCCAACUGAAGUUGAAAUUCCUAAAAGUGUUGCUUAUUGUUCUGUCAGCAUCCACUGUUAUGUAAGGUUUUAAACUUUUUUUUUUUUUUUUUUUUUUUUUUUUUUUUUUUAAUGUGAAAUCUAAGAGCAAUCCAGUCUUAUUCCACCAGCAGUGAAACUGUACAAGAUACAAUGCAGGGUGGACUUGAUCCUUUGUCAUUUAAUUGAAUUAUGAUCAAAAUUACUAUAUAUUGUUGUCAUUAAUUGUGUGUUUGCAAAAACUCACCCAAAUCUAAAAUAAAGCACUUGAAUCUGUAA